CGUGUUGAUGUCUUCUUUCUUUGAACCUUUACGAAAACAUUAAUUAUAUACAAACCACAUCACAUGUUUUUUAUAUUACAUUUGGUUAUGCGCUAAAGUAUUCAAAUACAAUUAUUAUUUCAAACGACUGGGCAAUGUAAUGUGUAUCACCUGAGAAGUAAUGUCUCAAUAAUUACAAAUAUUACUGUACAACAUUGAAUUUUUAAAUACUUACUUUUAAAAAAGUUUAUAAGUUAUAAGUUUCUUUUAAAAAAAGUUGAGUAACAAUGGAAGUUCUAGAGGAUAGUAAUAACAAUAUGAAAGCCUGGUUAACUCAGGCUCCAAAAUUAACAACUUUUAGGGUGAAUAAAUUAAAAAAGAUCGAAGUUGAUGUCCUCAAAAAUUUUCUUAUAUCUCAAAGUAAAGUGCUGGACACUACAGAGUUACCAGACUUUUACUUCUUAAGACCAGACUGCCUUAUUCUUGGACCAUGGCCUGAAGUUAGUUUGGAGAAGGCAGGAAAAGAGGUCAUAGUUGAUGCUCUAUGUGCAGCUGCAGUGUUGAGGGGAGCUCAUGUGUUUGCUCCUGGAGUUAUGGGCCUACCUGUUAAUUGCCAGGUAGGUGAAAGAGUUGACAUCUAUGGAGACCUAGAAGGCCAUUGUAAAAGAGGUAUGAAAGUGGAAUACACUGGUAGAAAGUUAUAUGUUGGAACUGGCUAUUUGAAAAUGUUACGAGCCGACUUAUUUGAUAAUGGUGUUCAACCAAGGUAAAUUAGG